AUGCAUGCUAUUCAUAAGUUUAUUGCUCCUCAGUGGAGUAUUUCAUGUAAUUAUGUGACUUCAGUAUUGGGAAGAGUCUGGAUUCUGUGGAAUCCCCAAAAAAUUUCUCUCAUUUUUGCAGUGGAGCAUAGCCAAGUGAUUAAUUGCUACAUUGAAUUGAUUGAUCUCAAGAAGAGAAUUCUUGCCUCAUUUGUGUAUGCUGCUAACACAGCAGUUGAAAGGAGAGCGCUUUGGAGAGCUUUGAACUCGCACUGUUUAUCCAAUGAACCUUGGAUUGUGAUGGGGGAUUUCAAUGUCCUAUUGCAUGUCAAUGACUCUUUUGGUGGGGCACUAAGAUGGAUAGCAGGAAUGCAUGAAUUUAGGGAAUGUUUGGAAAAAAAUGGUUUAGAGGAUUUGAGGUACUCAGGGGUAUUCCACACUUGGUCCAAUGGGUGCUAUGGAUGUGCAAACAUAUCAAGGAAAUUGGAUAGGGUCUUGGUGAAUUAUUCUUGGAUGGCACUAUUUACGCAAGCUGAGUGUGAAUUCAUGCCUCAUGGCAUAUCAGACUACUCUCCAAUGGUUGUUAGGUUUGGUAAUCUCACCCUAAAGAGAAACGUCCCAUUUAGAUUUUUUAAUUUCUGGACUCUUCAUCCAGCUUUCGUUCUCAUUGUCUCUUAUGAAUGGCAGAGAGAGUUCCAUGGUUCUAAGAUGUUUAUUCUUGCUCAAAAAUUGAGAGCAAUUAAGAAAACCCUCAAACAACUCAACAAAUCAGCCUAUAGUGAUAUUUCAGCAAGAGUUGCUGCAUGUAGAGUGGAGCUUUCUCUCUGUCAAAGAAGCCUGGACAUGUUUCCACUGGAUGAUUCCUUAAAAUUAAAUGAGAAGGAGUUGGCGUGCAAGUUCACAGAACUCUCACUUGCUGAAGAGAUGUUCUUCAAACAAAAGGCACAAGUUCAUUGGCUCAAGGAAGGUGAUCAAAAUACUGCAUUCUUCAUGAGGAGUUUCAGCUCAAAAGCUAAUAGAAGAAAAUUGAUGUCCAUUACUGAUUCAAAUGGUCUACAACUGAAUGGGGAAGAUAUGCAGCUUGAAUUUCUUAACCACUUCAAAUCCAUACUUGGCCAAAGCUAUCAGCAGUACACAGGUAUGUCAUCAUUUGCUCACCUCAUCUCCAAGAAAGUCCCAAACCACUGUAUUCCAGACCUUACCUCAAUUCCCAGUGACUUGGAAAUCCAAUCUGCAAUCCUCUCUUUUCACCCCUUUAAGAGUCCAGGUCCUGAUGGAUUUAAUUCAUCUUCUUCUCUCAUGCUUGGCCUAUCAUUGGUGCCUAAUCCCUCAGUUGUCAGUGAUUUUCGACCUAUUUCCUGCUGUAAUUUGAUUUAUAAAGCCAUUUCCAAGCUUAUAGCAAUGAAAUUAAGCCCUAUUUUCUUAACACUUAUUAGCCCUUGCCAAAAUGCUUUUGUCAAAGGAAGGCACAUUUCAGAUAAUGUCAUACUGGCCCAUGAACUCUUGAAUGCAUUUGUGAAUUGGAUUUCGCAAUGUAUUACUACACCAACAUACACUAUUUCCCUUAAUAGUGAAUUAUUUGGCUUCUUUAAGGGUAAGAGAGGGAUUAGACAGGGGGAUUCUAUCUCUCCAUUACUGUUUGUGCUUGCAACAGAAGUCCUUACCCUCACAAUUAAUCACAAAGUCAGGUCUAACCCCUAUUUUAAGUUCCAUUGGAGGUGCAAAAAGCUGUCUAUUACGCAUCUCAUUUUUGCUAAUGACAUUCUGGUCUUCUCUUAUGCUAACCUUGAUUCUGUCCAAACCAUUUUGGAAGCUUUCAAGUUGUUUUGCUCAUUCUCUGGCCUGCAAAUGAAUCCCUCAAAAUGCAAAGCAUAUUUAUCCAAUGUUGAUUCUCAGUCCAAAGCCAACAUUCUUGCACUUCUACAAUUUGAUGUAGGGUCUCUUCCAACCACAUACUUAGGCUUACCACUGUCUGCCACAGCAAUUAAAGCAAGGGACUGUCAAACAAUGGUUGAAAGAAUAACUAGAAGAGUUGGGAGUUGGACUUCCAAGUUCUUAUCUUAUGUUGGGAGAGCUGUCCUCAUUAAGUCUGUGUUGGUUGCAAUCCAAUCUUACUGGUCUCAAGUUUUUUCUCUUCCUAAGAAGGUGUUGGAUGAUAUCAACCAUAUCCUUAGGAGCUUCUACUGGUCUGGAACUGAUUUGAAAAAGAGUGGAGCAAAGGUUGCCUGGGCUACAGUGUGUAGGCCUAAAAUGCAUGGGGGUUUGGGGUUUCCAGACCUUAAAAUGUCUAAUAGAUUUUGGAAGUUGUGCCAGAGGAAGGAAAAUUUGUGGGUGGCUUAG